AUGGUCUACGAACUAAGCGGUAAGGUCAGUCCUGCUUUAGUCAAUUUGCAACAUCUGAGUUAUUUUGAUCUAAGCAUGAACAAUUUAGGGACUCAAAUUCCGGGAUUCCUUGGAUCCGUCACAAGAUUGAAAUAUCUCAAUCUAUCUGGUGCAUCAUUUGCUGGCAAAAUUCCUUCGAGUAUUGGAAACUUAUCAGGAUUACACUAUCUUGAUCUCAAUUCUUACACUGAUGAACCUGUUAAGAAUGACAUCCAAUGGUUGUCUGGGCUAUCUUCUCUGAGGUAUCUUGAUUUGGGAGGCUUGGACCUUAGCCGGGCUUCAUCUCAUUGGCUUCGACAAUCAACAUGCUUGCUUCUCUUUCAGAGUUGCAUUUAUCCCAGUGUCAACUCCUGA